GUGACGCCCUGCAAAAUGGUUCUACUCCGUGCCUGAUGCUCGCGCUGAGGCAGGAACCCAUCCUCUCUUUCUGGCCCUUUGGUUUCCCGGACAGUGCUGUGGCGCUUCCCCUCUCUCCCAGGCUGCCACCCUGGAAGAAGGCAGCAGGCGCUGUUCUGCCCUGCCACGAGCUCCGCUCUUUAGUUGAAGCCGCGUCCCUUCGAUGCCUACUGUUAGCUGGCUGGGAUGGCAAACGCCUUCGCGUUGCAGUUGUCAAGCUUGCAAAGCAGGGCUUGCUGCCUGAACCUGGAGAGCAGGUGGCCGUGCGCUCGGAGGUGCCACUCGCGUCCAGUGGCUGCAUCUCGCCAGAUGCUAUGCAUGUGGAUGCUUCGGGCCAGCUGUGGCUGGCUGAGGCUGAAGCCUUGGCCGCCUGGCAUCUGCCCUCAGGCACGUUCCUUGGCCGAUGGCGCCCUUCAUGGCCCGGGCUGAGGCCUUCUGCUCUCUGCACGCAUGGUGAACGGCUGCUUGUUGCUGGUGGUACAGGACUCGCGAGAUCAGAGACUUUUGGACGGCCUAUCUUGCUAAGCUUCAGACCAAAUCUGACGGAAAGCCAAAGUGCUCCCAAGCCACUGCAGGCAUAG